AUGGCAGCUUCAAAUGCCUACUUCUCCUCAACCUCUUGGGCCAAAACCAACACCACAAAGCCCAAAUCCAAGCCCAAAUGUUCCCUCCAAAACCCCUCAAUCCCCUUCCCCAAACAGCCCAAUUACCAAACUAACCCUCCGCCCUCCCCCGCCAUUAAUCCCCAGUGGAAUCCCCUCCAGAAGGCCGCCUCCCUCGCCCUCGACGCCCUCGACUCCGCCCUCACCUCCCUCGAGCUCAGCCGCCCCCUCUCCAAGACCACCGACCCAGCCGUCCAGAUCUCCGGCAACUUCUCCCCCGUCCCCGAACACCCCGUCCGCCACAACCUCCCCGUCUCCGGCGAGAUCCCCCUCCCGCUUCGCGGCGGCGUCUACAUCCGUAAUGGCGCCAAUCCCUUCCAUCCCCCUCCCUCUGGCCACCACUUAUUCGACGGCGAUGGCAUGCUCCACGCAGUCACCCUCUCUGCCGGCGCCGGCGGCGCUGGCUCCGCCUCCUACGCUUGCCGCUUCACCGAAACCGAACGACUCCGCCAGGAACGCUCCCUCGGCCGACCUGUCUUCCCCAAACCCAUCGGCCAACUCCACGGCCCCGCCGGAAUCGCCCGCCUGGCCCUCUUCUACACCCGCUCCCUCUUCCAACUCGUCGACCCUUCCAACGGGAGCGGCGUGGCCAACGCCGGCCUCGUCUACUUUAACAACCGCCUCCUCGCCAUGUCGGAGGACGACGUCCCUUACCACGUCCGCCUCACCCCCUCCGGCGACCUCCACACUGUCGGCCGCCACACCUUCAACAACCGCCUCACCUCCAACAUGACUGCUCACCCGAAAAUCGACCCGGUCUCCGGCGAACUCUUCGCCCUCUCCUACAACGUCAUCCAAAAACCUUACCUCAAAUAUUUCCACGUCUCGAAGUCCGGAGAGAAGUCGCCGGAUGUCGGGAUCCCCACCUCCGACCCCACCAUGACGCACGACUUUGCGAUAACCAAGAACUUCGUUGUCAUACCCGACCAACAAGUCGUUUUCCGCCUUACCGAGAUGGCCUCCGGCGGGUCUCCCGUCGUUUACGACGAGAACAAGGUCUCACGUUUCGGAGUGCUCAAAAAGUACGCCCGAGACGCCUCCGAUAUCAAAUGGAUUGACGUGCCUAACUGUUUCUGCUUCCACUUAUGGAACGCGUGGGAAGAGCCCGACUCGAACGAGGUCGUCGUGAUUGGCUCGUGCAUGACACCGGCCGAUUCGAUUUUCAACGAGAGCGACCAAGGGUUGGAGAGCGUCUUGUCCGAAAUCCGACUAAACCUUAAAACCGGGAAAUCCAUGCGGAAACCGAUAUUGUCCGACACGGAUCAAGUCAACCUCGAGGUGGGUAUGGUCAACCGUAACAUGCUCGGUCGGAAGACACGGUUCGGGUACCUCGCGAUAGCCGAGCCAUGGCCAAAAGUCUCGGGUUUUGCAAAAGUCGAACUCUCGACGGGUAAAAUCGAGAAAUACAUUUACGGAGACGAGAAGUACGGUGGGGAGCCAAUGUUCGUACCCACGGGCGAAAGCAACGAGCAAGAAGACGAGGGUUACGUGUUGAUUUUUGUGCACGACGAGAAAAACGGGACUUCGGAGCUUCAAAUCGUGAACGCGAAGACUAUGGAAUGGGAGGCGAGCGUGAAGCUGCCGUCGAGGGUGCCAUACGGUUUUCACGGCACGUUCGUAAAGGCCGAGGAGUUGGUGAAUCAAGCGUGA